GGGCAGGCGGCAGGGAUGUCGGCGAAGGAGAGGCCAAAGGGCAAAGUGAUCAAGGACAGCGUGACCCUCCUGCCCUGCUUUUAUUUCGUGGAGUUGCCUAUAUUGGCAUCAUCGGUGGUUAGCCUGUAUUUCCUGGAACUCACGGAUGUCUUCAAACCUGUGCACUCUGGAUUCAGCUGCUAUGACCGGAGUCUUAGCAUGCCAUACAUUGAACCCACACAGGAGGCAAUUCCAUUCCUCAUGCUGCUUAGCUUGGCUUUCGCCGGACCUGCAAUUACGAUUAUGGUAGGGGAAGGAAUUCUCUACUGUUGCCUGUCCAAAAGAAGGAAUGGAAUUGGCCUGGAGCCCAAUAUUAAUGCCGGAGGCUGCAACUUCAACUCUUUCCUUAGAAGAGCCGUCAGAUUCGUUGGUGUUCAUGUGUUUGGACUCUGCUCUACAGCUCUGAUCACAGAUAUCAUCCAGCUGUCCACAGGCUACCAGGCACCGUACUUUCUGACUGUGUGCAAGCCAAACUAUACCUCUCUGAAUGUGUCUUGCAAAGAGAAUUCCUACAUUGUAGAAGAUAUUUGCUCAGGAUCUGAUCUUACAGUUAUCAACAGCGGCAGAAAAUCGUUCCCUUCUCAACAUGCGACCCUUGCUGCCUUUGCAGCUGUGUACGUUUCGAUGUACUUCAAUUCCACACUAACGGAUUCCUCUAAGCUUCUGAAACCUCUCUUGGUCUUCACCUUUAUCAUCUGUGGAAUCAUCUGUGGGCUAACACGGAUAACUCAGUAUAAGAACCACCCAGUUGAUGUCUAUUGUGGCUUUUUAAUAGGAGGAGGAAUUGCUCUGUACUUGGGCCUGUAUGCUGUGGGGAAUUUUCUGCCUAGUGAAGAGAGUGUGUUUCAGCACAGAGAAGCCCUCAGGUCUCUGACAGACCUCAAUCAAGAUCCCAGCCGAGUUUUAUCCGCUAAAAAUGGCAGCAGUAGUGACGGAAUUGCUCACACGGAAGGCAUCCUCAACCGAAACCAUAGAGAUGCUAGCUCGUUGACAAACCUCAAAAGGGCAAAUGCUGAUGUAGAAAUCAUCACUCCACGGAGCCCCAUGGGGAAGGAAAAUAUGGUUACCUUCAGCAAUACCUUGCCUAGAGCCAACACCCCAUCCGUGGAAGACCCUGUGAGAAGAAACGCCACCAUUCAUGCCUCUAUGGAUUCUGCUAGAUCCAAGCAGCUCCUCACCCAGUGGAAGAAUAAGAAUGAAAGUCGGAAGUUGUCCCUGCAGGUUAUAGAGACCGAGCCUGGACAGUCACCACCCAGAUCCAUUGAAAUGAGGUCAAGCUCGGAGCCGUCGAGGGUGGGGGUCAAUGGAGACCACCAUGGUCCCGGCAAUCAGUACCUCAAGAUCCAGCCUGGCACCGUCCCGGCGUGUAACAACAGCAUGCCUGGGGGACCAAGAGUGUCCAUUCAGUCCCGCCCCGGGUCCUCACAGUUAGUGCACAUCCCUGAGGAGACGCAGGAAAACAUAAGCACCUCCCCCAAAAGCAGCUCCGCUCGGGCCAAGUGGCUGAAAGCUGCGGAGAAGACCGUGGCCUGUAAUAGAAGCAACAGCCAGCCUCGAAUCAUGCAAGUCAUAGCCAUGUCCAAGCAGCAGGGCGUCCUCCAAAGCAGCCCCAAGAACACUGAAGGCAGUACAGUCUCCUGCACUGGCUCCAUCCGCUACAAAACCUUGACAGACCACGAACCCAGUGGGAUCGUGAGGGUUGAGGCUCACCCGGAGAACAACAGGCCCGUCAUACAGAUCUCGUCCACCGAAGGCGAAGGCAGUGGCUCCUGGAAAUGGAAAGCCCCUGAAAAGGGCAGCCUUCGCCAAACUUAUGAACUCAACGAUCUCAACAGGGACUCCGAAAGCUGUGAGUCCCUGAAAGACAGUUUUGGUUCUGGAGAUCGAAAGAGAAGCAACAUUGAUAACCAUGAGCAUCACCACCAUGGAAUCACCACCAUCCGCGUCACCCCAGUAGAGGGCAGCGAAAUUGGUUCAGAGACCCUGUCCGUUUCUUCUUCCCGCGACUCCACCCUGCGGAGAAAGGGCAACAUCAUCUUAAUUCCUGAAAGAAGCAACAGCCCCGAAAACACUAGGAAUAUCUUCUACAAAGGAACCUCCCCAACACGGGCUUAUAAGGAUUGAGGGAUGACCAUUCAAUCAUUUGGGCCACCCCCAAAAGACCACGUGUAGAUUCUACCAGUGCUCUGUUCCAGCGAAUUGGGAACCUUCUCACCAAA